GUAUGCUAACUAAACAGCGUGUACAAUCUUAUCAUAGUUACAACUUUGUAUGGUGCAACCAAGGUAGAAGUCCCUCGCGUCCGCAUGUCUCCCACGCACUGGACUUUGCGUCCCUCAAGGUGACCGCCCUCACAAAAACUAGUUGAGCUACUAUAUCUCUUCCGCUGAAGUUGUACAGCAUAGGUGCGCUGCUUCUGUAGCGCAUCUGCGUCGAAACUAACCCAGAGCAUGUUUGGUCCUACUACGAACACCACCUACGCCCUGCCGGCUUUACCUCCCAUUGAUUGGAGCUCCUACGCGCAGCCGCCUCCCAGCGUUAGCUACACAAACGCUACCAGGUUGUUUGGCAACGCCAACUGCACCAUCCAGCCACCGUCUGAUUGUGGUGGUCACGGACAUCUCGGUGGCAAGUGCUUCUGCAUCUGUGAUCAAGGAUACGCAUCUGACUACAGUAAUCUUCUAUCACCCCGUUGGUGCAUCCCGUCGGCCAACGUCUCAACUGCCAUCAACCGUACCGUUAACCUAACGGCCGCUGCGGACACCGAAAACAACGAG